GCUGCUGCCUGCGAGUGCGAAUGACUGCAAGUUCCUCUUGGCAUUGAUACUGCGAAUAGUCACUGAAAGAGGCGGCAGCUCUCAUUUUUCUUCAUAACCUCAAGUCAGUCCUGUUCGCAUAUUUGGAUAAUAAGAACGGCGUCACCCCAUUUGAACCAGCACCGAAACUGACUCGAGAGAAUCCUUUGUAUAAAAGUUGGGACUUUGGACCUAUCGCUGCCUUGUUGAUGGCAGCACAGCAGUGAGACAUGCAGUGGCCUUAAGGGAAGGAGAGCGCCACCACUCUUGGCCAAAGCAAGAUGUCGUCGUCCACUGGGAAUGGAGUUGGAGGCUCACGCAAUGCCAAUGCAGAGAAAACGUACAAAAAGACCACCUCAUCGGCCCUGAAGGGGGCCAUCCAGCUGGGCAUCGGCUACACGGUGGGGAACCUCACCUCCAAGCCCGACAGAGAUGUCCUCAUGCAGGACUUCUACGUGGUGGAGAGCGUCUUCCUACCCAGGGAGGGAAGCAACCUCACCCCAGCCCACCACUACCCCGACUUCCGUUUCAAGACCUACGCGCCCAUGGCGUUCCGCUACUUCCGGGAGCUUUUCGGCAUCAAGCCGGACGACUAUCUGUACUCCAUCUGUAACGAGCCACUGAUAGAGCUCUCCAACCCUGGGGCUAGUGGCUCGCUCUUCUACUUGACCAGCGACGAUGAGUUCAUCAUCAAAACCGUCCAGCACAAAGAAGCAGAGUUCCUGCAGAAACUACUUCCUGGUUAUUACAUGAACUUAAACCAGAACCCUCGGACGCUCCUGCCCAAGUUCUACGGCCUGUACUGCGUGCAGUCGGGCGGCAUCAACAUCCGGCUUGUGGUGAUGAACAACGUGCUGCCGCGCUCCGUCAAGAUGCACUACAAAUACGACCUGAAGGGCUCCACGUACAAGCGCCGGGCCUCCAGGAAGGAGCGGGAGAAGGGCUGCCCCACCUACAAGGACCUGGACUUCCAGGACAUGCACGAGGGCCUGUACUUUGAGACCGAGACCUACAAUGCCCUGAUGAAGACCCUGCAGCGAGACUGCAGAGUGCUGGAGAGUUUUAAGAUCAUGGACUACAGCCUGCUGCUGGGGGUGCACGUGCUGGACCAGAGCCGGGGGGAGGCCGGGGAGUCGGGCCAGGGGGGCCCGGAUGGCAAGCGGCCCGUGGGCCAGCGGGUCCUCUACUCCACGGCCCUGGAGUCCAUCCAGGGGGACGGCAAGGCGGCAGAGGCCAUCACCACCGACGACACAAUGGGUGGAAUCCCCUGCAAAACGCACAAGGACGAGAAGCUGCUUAUUUUCCUGGGCAUCAUUGACAUUCUGCAGUCGUACAGGUUCAUAAAGAAACUUGAGCACUCGUGGAAGGCACUCGUCUAUGACGGAGACACUGUGUCAGUGCAUCGACCUGGUUUCUAUGCCAACCGAUUUAUGAAGUUCAUGAGCACGAACGUGUUCCGCAAAAUGCAAACGGUCCGAUUUUCCCCUUCAAAACGGACCCGCAAUUCCAUAGCAGCCUUGAAGUCAUCCUCUCAGGAGAUCCUGUCUUCCCAAAACGACGACAAGAAUGAUGAGAGACUGGGAGCAUCCCGAAGCUUGGCCAGUUUAGAAGGACAAGUUUUCGACACGUACGGCCACUCAGACCUGGUCCCGGUUACGCCGUCGUUUUGUGAAGCCUCGUCCAUGGGCACCACCCUGUCCACCUCAUCCAUCUACGUCAGCGAGCCCUACCUGGACAGCCACUCCAAAGACGGGGACGACGCUGCCUCCAGCUCCACGUUCACCCUGGAGGACAGCGCCAUCUGCCUGACGUCAGAGCAAAGCACCAUGGACAUGGACCGGGACGACGGCUCUUUUGAUAUUUACCUAUGAAAUGUUAGAAGACGGACCAUUAUCAUUGCGCUCCUAUUCAAUCAUCAAAUGGUUGUGAACUCUUCUCUGGGUGAAGCAGAGUUUAGCCAGCUUCCCAACACUACUCUACUCUGCCCCGCCCUGACCCGCCCUGCCCUGACCCAGUCCCCACCAUCCAUCUUCUUAGCUGCCAAGAGACGGUGUGACAUCCCAUAGCCUUUUGCCAAAAUGAAAGGAGCACGGUGGGUGACGAGGUGAAGGAUAUACAGAGGUGUAAAAUUGACAUGGGGACAACGGGACAUGUGACUACUCAUGACAUCCAUUUCAGACUUUUAGAGGACAACUUACAAGCGCCUACCUGCUCCACCUCCUCUACUCCUCCUCUAGGAAGGCGUCUGUGACAAGCAUUGCAUUUGAAGGCUGUAUUAGCCCGGGAAUUCCCAUGAUGCCUUGUGUGCUCGCUCCGAUCGGAAGGAAGGACCGCAUGGAAACCCUGGCUGAGAUCUUCGCCCCCCGAGUUUGGGAUCCCAACCACAGAACGGGGAGGGAGGGAAAGACGUAUAUUAUUAGACAAACGGAAGCCUGUAGUUUGUUUACAGAUACACCAUUUCAACACCAGAUGCGAAAACGGCUUUCCAUCAAGCUUUAGGUAGUAUUUUAAAUAGUUAAUAUAGAUGUCCCCAAUGAGAACAUGAAUAGAUGGUUCCCAGACCAUAUCUCACUAGUGAUAUCGUCUGCUGAUAGCCAGGCUGCUCACCCAUGUGUGUGCAUCAUCCAGCAUCCACACAGGUCCUAUUCCUAUUUCUGGUGUGAUGACAACAUGCUGCCCAUUUCAUUUAGUUUCUAAGGUCAGGCGGAUGGUAGUAGCAGUCAAACGUCUGUAUGGCAUAGAAGCUGCCUAGAAAAGUUACUUUGUGACUGGAUCUUUGAAGCGUUAGGAAGCAGGAUGGAAUAUAGAAGAAAGGGGACUGCUUGUCAACCUCCCCCAAAAUGGCACUUUUUACUUUUCCUGUACGGAUAGUAUGUAUGUAUUAUUACAAAACAUAGUCUCAUAUCUUUGGUUUAGGGGAGUUGCCAAGCCUUGAACUCUUUGAAUGAGAACGCACAUUGAAGACAUUAUGUGGUAUGUGCACUUGUUGUGUUCCCUUUUUGUCAGAAAACAUGACGAGAUGAUCAUGUGAGAGUAACCGUUGGCUUUUUAGGAGAAUAAAGAAUGUUUUUUUGGGGUGAGGGUGUCAUGACUGAAAAAAAACACAUUUUCUCAGGAUAUCCUUUCCAUAUUUCUGCAUCCUGUUUAAUUCCAUCAAGGUAAGAGAUAGGCUACAGUAUAUACUGUCCCAUGUUCAGCUCUCUCUGCGGCUGUUUCACGCGAGACUAUAUCAAAGUUAUCUCUUUGGAUUCUAUAAUUGCACAUUUUGUUUUGGUUCUGAGACCAUAAUUUAUUAAAUCACUAUCAAUAAAACCCAUCUCUGUUUCUUUCAUUAU